AUGUCUACUUUCACAUUUACAUGGCCUAAGGGACCAACCGAAGUUAUUCUUACCGGUACCUUUGAUAACUGGUCCAAAUCUCUUCCACUUGUUAAGCAAGCCGAUGGUUCAUUUGAAUUGACUGUCCCAUUACCAGCUGACUCUGAAACUCUUCUUUAUAAAUAUGUCGUUGAUGGUGAAUGGUCCGUUUCCAAGACCCAAAACAUCACCAAGGACGAAUCUGGUAUUGAAAACAAUAUCAUCAACAAGGCUGAUUUAGUCGAAACCAAGGUUGCUGGUGGAAUUGUUCCAGAAUCCGGCUUGCCAAUUGCUGCUGCUGCUACUGGAUCUGACUUGAAGACUACUGUCUUACCAAAGUCUGAACCAACUCACCCAACCAUUGCUGGUGAACCUGGUAUCUUUGUUCCAAAGGACGCUGAAGCUUUGGCUGCUUUCAACACCAUUGAAGAACCAAGAGAAUUGAACGGAGGUGCCGACGAUGCUGCUGCCACUGCCGCUGCUCUUGAAGCCGAAGAAAAGAAGAAGCAAAAGAAGAAGGUUAAGAAGAGUAAGUACAAGGCCAAGAAGAAGAAGAAGGCUGCUGAAGGUGCUGCCACUACCACCGAAGGUGAAACUGAAGAAGCCACACCAGAACCAGAAAGUGGUUUGGACAAGGAAGAUGAGGCUACUGCCACUGCUGCCGCUGUUGCUGCCGUUGCUGCUGCUGCUCCAGUUUCCAAGGUUGCUGAACCAGUUGCUCCAGUUGAAGCUGCAGAACCAGUUGCCCCAGUUGCCCCAGUUGAAGCUGCCGAACCGGUUGCUCCAGUCGCUCCAGUUGAAGCUGCUGAACCAGUUGCCCCAGUUGCUCCAGUUGAAGUUGCUGAACCAGUUGCUCCAGUUGCUCCAGUUGAAGUUUCUGAACCAGUUGCUCCAGUUGAAGUUGCUGAACCAGUCAAGGUUGCUGAACCAAUUGUUUCUGAACCAAUCGUUUCCGAACCAAUUGAACCAAUUACUGAAAAAUCCACCACCAUUCCAGAACCAACUGUUGAAGCCACUGAACCAGAACCAAUACACACCUUGGACCCAAAGGCUGCUCAUCCUGAAACUGAAACUGAAGUCAUCCCAGAACCAACUAUUGACCAAGCUGAACCAGUUGUUGAAAAGGAAGUUGAUGCUUCUCCAGUAGCUGCUGCCCCAGCCACUGAAGAAAUUGUCAUCACUCAAGGUAUUGCCAACCCAGAAGCUGCUAUUGUUGCUGCUGAAGGUGAUGUUACCGUUGAAGAACUCAAGCCAACUGAAUCUGAAGCUGCCAGAUUAACCAAGGAAGCUAACGUUCCAGCUGACGUUGCCGCCGAAGCCAUUGAAGCUGCCGCCCCAUCUUCAACCCCAGCUGCUGCCACCACCACCACUAAGUCAAAGAAGGAUGACAAGACUGUUGCCACCAAGAAGGAUGAAAAGAAGAAGAAGAAGGGCGGAUUUUUGUCCAAAUUGAAGAAGAUUUUCAGUUAG